AUGGGUUACCCAACCAACGCUCAAAUCAAGGAGCUCUUGGAGUCUCAGUUCCACUCAAAGCUCCAAAAGUCCGACCUCACCGAUGACUCUGAGAGUCUCUUCCAAUUCGGACACCUGGACGAGCUCUUCUCUGACGAUGUCGAAGUCCACAUCUCCGGCCAUGAAUUCCACCUCAACGGAAAGCACCGUGGCUUGGACGCCUUCAAGCAGCAUCUCGAGUCCGACGAUAUGCCAUCUCUAAACUCCAUCAUUGACGUUACCAAGCCAAUCAAGGGCCAAGUUCUCCACGUCAUUGGAGGCGAGCGUGACGAGUGGAAGGCAGCCGUUCUCCACAGCACUGCAACCACCCAGAACAACACUCCAUGGAACCACGAGAUGGCUGUCCUCAUGCGAUUCAACCACGAUGGAAAGAUCACGGAAUUGAGGGCCUAUGCGGAUACCCAGCACGUUCACCAGCACAUCGAGGCCCAUAAGUAA